AUGGAUCUUCUGAAGAGUGCCAAACAGGAUACUUCAGAAAGCGCCAGCAAAAGAACAGAGCUGCUGGAAAACAUAAAAAAAGUGGCAGAGGAAAUAAUCCAGGAGACCAGCACAAUCAGCAAAUGGAUAUCACAGACAGCACACCAGACACUGCGAAACUAUCAAAGGCAGAGGCAGGAAGCCGUCCGGAGAGAGGGUCUUUUGCAGAACACGCUUGCUCAGCUGAAGGAGGAAAACAUAAAGCUGCUUGAGGAAAGACAAAGGCUAGCUCAAAAAACAGAAACAGAGCAGGAGGAAAUAAAAAAUAUGAAGGCGUCGCAGCAGGGAAUGGAGGAAAGACAGCGACAGGCUCUUCAGAAGAAGUAUGUGCUUGGGCAGACCCUGUCCCAGAUGUCGGCACACAUUGUGCAGCUGAAAAGAGCCCUCAAGCAGGAGGAGGAAAAGGAAGAGAAGGAGAGAGUGCGUAUUAAGAAGGAGAUUGAGUACUACUCUCGCCUAUUCGACCUCUCUAUUACUGCGGUAGAGGAUGGUUCGGUUUUGUUCCUUUUUAAAAUACAUGAGAGUGAGUAUUACUUCCAGAUAAGCAUGACCGACACGUACCACAUAGUAAAGGCUAGCAUUGAUGAAAAGAGAUACAAGCCUGCUUUAAAAGAGUUAGAGGACACACAUGAUGUAUUUAUGUUUGUAAAGAGGAUGAAAGACCUAUUUGAGGAAGAAAGCACAAGGAAGCUAAAGGAAAACACUGUGUAG